AGGUAACGCACAGAACAAUACGGGGAAGGGCAGCUGAAGAAGCAGUACCGUUAGCACAAAUAGCUAAUGUAAUAGCUGUUGAUGUUACGAGCUCUUUGGUCGUUGGUGAUAUUGACAACUCAUCCGGACAAAUUCAUCAGAGGAAUAUUUGCCUCUGUGAACACAACGCUCUUCGGUUUAGCUAUUCCACUCUGAAGACCCAAUUUACUCCCGUACGAGAACAGUAAAUCACCACUGGCUGCCCUGUGAAUCAGGGAAAAUAAUGUGCUGCAGCUGAAGAUGGGGGGUAGUGGCUCCAAAUCCAAAGGAUUUUGGCCUUUCUCUGGCUCAGGCAACGGGGAUGAUGCAGCCAAAGAUGGAAACGAGCAGUCACUGGCUAGAGUACGAAGUUUCCCUGGAGCGACUCCCUUCGUAUUUACCAGACGGAGCUCUAUGUACUUCGAUGAGGACGGUGACUUGGCUCACGAGUUCUACGAGGAGACAAUUGUGACAAAAAAUGGACGUAAAAGAGCCAAACUGAAAAGGGUUCAGAAAAACUUAACACCUCAGGGAAUUGUAAAGCUGGACUUCCCGUGCAUCCAUGUAGAUUUCCCCGUUAUCCUCUGUGAAGCCUGACGGUCCUUGAGGGACUCGAAUGAGCCGCUGAGUCAGCUCCGUCCCGGCUUUCUUGUCUUUCUUUCCCCCUGCAGACUGGAAGCCGGAAACAUCUCUCAAUAACGUGAUCUCCUAAAUUACCUGAAGCCCCUGUGUGGAGCGGCUGAUGCAUUGUGUGCCGAGCCUCUGCAUGUGACCUGUUUGUGGCUUGUGUGCAGUUAGACACGGGAUGGACCGCCAGCUGGGAUGGAGAGGAAAAGCUGAAUCCUCUCAUUUCAUGGAGUUCUUGGCUUGUGUGCAUGUCAGUGUGAAUGCGUUCAGACAAAGGAUGAAACCUUUUAAGAGUUCAAAAUAUUUUUUUGCUGCAGGUUGUUUUCUUGUAUGAUUCAUUGAACUCAAUGAGUUUAGAAUAAAAGCAGUACUUGUUAUGGUCUUAUCUAAAGUGGGGAAACCUGUUUGUGCACAUUUAAAUUUUUCUUUUGACACUAUUUUGUCUUGCUUUGUUUUGCAUGGAGCAGGAGGUUUGGGCUGCGGCCUUUGUGAGUUGGCAAUCAGUAGCCACCCAAACUAAUCUAAGGAAGGAUUAAUAUCAUGUUGUAACAUUUGAAGGACUUGUUUCAGUGACUUCAUACUACACAUGUACACAACAGCAUUGAGUCAAAUA